CUGAUAACUCCGUACUGUCCUUUCGGGUUUUAUGCAAACACUCCGAUUCUCUCUAUCCCAGGGGGUAUAAAGCAGUGGGAAGAGAACGUUGGUGGACCUUCCAGCGCUUUUGUCAUCGUCGAACCGCGAGGCCUUCAGUUCGCCACACCGAAGAUCAUGGGGGACCAUGCCACGACCGCCAACGGUCUCUCUCCAAGUUCGCAGCAUGAUUCGCCAGCUCGCGACGGGACCCUGAAGCCCAUCCGAUCAUCAAAAGACACCUUCGGGAAAACUGCAUUCAAGGAUGAGUCUUCAAUCGCGUUUGAAAAGUGCAACGGGUCCGUCACAUCGUUCAUUUCAAGUCCUACCUCAGACCUUAAAACAGGAGACCAAAAGAUCUUAGCUGAAGCGUCGGCUCAAAAUUUCAAAGAUUCGUCCUCGACCAACGGUUUCACCCAUGACAACGAAGACGUAGCCUUACAACAACGUGAGCUUCUCUCAGACGUUACUGAUACUGACAGCACCCUCAAACGUCAGAAAUGCUAG